AGCUAAGAGGCUACUUUAGUCCCCCCCACCCCCCGAACAACAUAAGCACAUUCACAGAUGCCGCCGCACGCGUAGAGCCGCCUCCUCCCGUGUGAAAGCGACGAGCCGCGGACGGAGGGAGGCAGCGAGGGGAUACGAGAGGAGAGAGGGUGGGGGAGAGAGACGAGGUGAGGAGCCCGCGGAGCAACAACGCGUACACGCCGCUGCCCGGACGAGUCUGACGUCUGCCCCCUCGCGCGCCUGUUCCGCCGUGUGUUGUGUGAGCGCGGGGGAGAAGCCGAGAGAGGGGGGGGGGAGAGGAAACAUAAAUCCCGGGAGCUUGUGUGUCCUCUCCUCUGCUUUUUCUACCACCACCGCCUCUCUUUUCUUUUUUUUCCCCCCCUCUUUUUUUUCUCCUUUAUCUCCAUCAUCCGCGGCAUGAAGGCGGGGGUCAGCUGGCGCGGCAGAAUAAAAGAAGGGGAUGCUUUGAACGCUGCCUCUCUUUUCGCCGAGGCACGAGGAAGAGCAAGAGGAGCGGGGGGGACAACACACAGCGGGGACGCAGAAAGAGACGGAUUUGUGGAAUGAAUGAAUGAGUGGGAGUCCUGCCGCCGCCGCCGCCGCACGCACCGGGAAUAGCAGCCUCACACCGAAGUCUCUGAAUGAGGGGCCCGGCCCGUGAGGACGCCACACUUGUUGGGAGGUAGUUUGGGAUUGUCCCCGGCCACGCGGCUUCUGGAUGUGCGUUUGACCACCUUCAGCAGCACCCCAACCCCCCCCACCCCCCCACACGCGACGCCCGAUUAAGGCAGGAGGAGAGUUGUGACGGUCCCCGACCACACCGACGCAAAAGAGGAAAGGAAUACUCCUGAGGAGGAGGAGGAGGAGGAGGAGGAGGAGGAGGAGGAGGAGGGGCCGACGCUGACAAGACUUGCUUGGCCUGGACUUUGGGCUCGUCCGUCACUCGGAGCGGGACGGGGAGAAGGAUAAAUGGCCGGCUGACAAUGUCGCGGAGGACGCCGUCGCUACGUCGCUCGUCCAGUGCACAGUGUGGCCUUCCGAGCUGCGCCUCACCAGCGGUGCCAUGAUCCUGUUGUAACUGCGGGUAAUGCCGAGCCAAAUAACCAAUCCUGGAGAUGCCGAAGAGAAGAGAUAUUCUAGCCAUCGUGUUGAUCGUGUUACCCUGGACUCUGCUCAUCACUGUUUGGCACCAAAGCGCGAUAGCUCCACUCCUCGCCAUCCGCAAGGCCUGUCACCACCUAGUAAAAGAGAUCUUAAUCAUUCCAGAGAGGUUUGCAGUCCGCCAACACCGGCUCUCAGAUGACGGAGUCGAGGGCAAGAGGGAGGCCGGUGGCCAGGCGCAGGACUCCAAAGAAUACUGUGCCUCAGAUAAGGACAUAGUGGAGGUGGUGAGGACGGAGUAUGUGUACACGCGGCCUCCGCCCUGGUCCGACGUGCUGCCCACCAUCCACAUCAUCACCCCCACGUACAGUCGGCCGGUGCAGAAGGCGGAGCUGACGCGGCUGGCGAACACCUUCCUGCACGUGCCCAACCUGCACUGGAUCCUGGUGGAGGACUCCCAGAGGAGGACGCCCCUCGUCACGCGGCUCCUCCGGGAAACGGGACUCAACUACACCCACCUCAACGUGGAGACGCCCAGGAACUAUAAGCUGCGGGGCGACACGCGGGACCCCAGGAUCCCGCGCGGGACCAUGCAGAGGAAUCUGGCGCUGCGGUGGCUGAGGGAGACCUUCAACGCCAACAGCAGCCAAGCCGGGAUCGUCUACUUCGCCGACGACGACAACACGUACAGCCUGGAGCUGUUUGAGGAGAUGCGAUCGACCAGGAAAGUUUCCGUGUGGCCCGUGGCCUUCGUGGGCGGCUUGCGGUACGAGUCCCCCAAGGUCAACGCAGCGGGAAAGGUCUACGGCUGGAAGACGGUGUUCGACCCCCACCGGCCCUUUGCCAUCGACAUGGCCGGCUUCGCCAUCAACCUGAGACUCAUCCUCUUCAAGCCGCAGGCGUAUUUCAAGCUCCGCGGGGUGAAGGGAGGCUACCAGGAGAGCAGCUUGCUCCGGGAACUUGUCACGCUCAACGACCUGGAGCCCAAAGCAGCCAAUUGCACUAAGAUACUUGUUUGGCACACGAGAACGGAGAAGCCCGUCCUCGUGAACGAGGGGAAAAAAGGAUUCACAGACCCCAAUGUGGAGAUCUGACGCAUUUCCAUCGGUAGACCACGGUGGUUGGCCUUGGACUUUUGCAGAGAAAGAAAACGGCCACGUCUCUUGAUAAGUGCGAACAGUGCUCAUGUCUUAAUCAGGAGGAAAAAAGGAAGUGGGGGCUUUUGAAAGGGGGAUUUUUAAAUCCUCAUGACUGAAUCUGACUUUUUUUUUAAAGAAAUAUGUACUAAAUCAGUACAAAUGUAUCGUAUCAAAGCACAGAUUAGUGAGAGGUUGGCGGUUAUUUGUCGGGACUGAAGUGCAGAGGACAUAAAAGGACGCCUCGCGUUUGUCUGUGCGGACAGUCGUGACCUGCACCUCAGGCCUAUGAGAAGAGACAGCACAACGUGGAAGGAAAAACAACCAGCGGAUUGGACCAAAACAAGCAGGUUAAAGAAAAGCCUUCACCUCAAAAACAAACUGAAACACAUAUUGUCUGGAUCUGCAAAUGGUUCAACGGAGAAAUUCCUUUUGGAUCUAAGGACGUGGCCGACAUCAUCAGUCUGGAUAAAAAAACACAAAUCCAAGGACGAAUAUGCCUCGUGUGGAUUUUUCCUUUUCAGCAAACACAAACGCAGAACGGGAAGGAAUGUUCUUUUGAUAAUGAAAUGUUUGCUUUAACUUCAUUUUAAUUGGGCUGGGUGUUUUGCUCGCCAGUUCUAUACUACUGACAUUUACUCAUGGGUUAAUCAUUGUUGAUUUUAUAGUGUCAUUACAACUCACGCAUUCAAGCCCCCCACACACUUGAAGAGAGACUGAGACGUACAUGUACAACAUCAAAAUCCCAACACUCUUCUUACACCACCACCCCACCCAAAAAAAAAAACUAAUUGCACAAACUAUCUUCCUUGUUAUUACAGUUUAUUAGGGCCAUUGUGAUUUCAAAAUAAAUAUUAUGGAGCUAGGGAGAAUUAUUGCAUCCAUCAUUAAAGUUGGAAAUGUACGAGAAAAAAAUAUUCUCAGAAAUUUAAUGGUACAGUGUGUAAUAUUUAGAAGAACUUAUUCACAGAUAUUUGAUAUACUAUCUGAAUGAGUUAAAUAUAGUUACAUGAGGUGGAACCGACCUCCGUGUGACGGUCCAUGUUUCUAUGUGGUGUUGAAUACGGUUGUUGCACAAAACGGUCCAGAAUACGUUGCAAUUUGAUACGUUGAAUUUCCAGCGGAAACCGGAAAUGGUAUGGGCGGUAUGCCACCAUUAAGUGUCCCCUGUCGGGUUCUCAGUUGGUUGCGGUUUGCAACUUUACCACCAGGUGCCGCCAGAAAAUUACAAAAAUUACACACUGGGGCUAUAAGUCACAAAUCUAAAAAUCUGUUAUGGAAACACCUGCACUUACAGAUUUAGUAAUAAGGAUAUACUCUUGAUUUUAGCCCAUGAUCUGUUUUUUGAAUUGCCCAUAGAUGUAAUCACUGUUAUCCUCGCACCUGUCAAACUCAAAUCCCUAAAAAUUAAUUUUUUUACUUACAUCUUCCAAAUUUUUUUUAAUAUUUGAAAGUUGUGGUUUCUUCUGGGAAAAUCCCACCUCCAUUCCCCCAGCAACACCAUGCAUUUUUCUUCAACUACCAAUGGCACUAGCACGCUGUCGUAGCUUUUUUGGAAACGUGUAAAUAGUAAUUCAAAAAGACAACAAUCAGCGGAUUAAUGACAAAUUUUGGCCCAAACCAUUCCACUGUAUUUAUAUGUUUAAGUCUCUUCUCUUUCCCCCUCACGGUGAUGCACGACGAGGCACAUGCAGGCUCACUCUCGGUUCAACGCAUGGGAAGAGUAAUAGCACAUUGCCAUUUUUUUCAUUUGGUAAUAAGAGGCUCCGAGAUUGCGACACAUUCAUAAAGCGAGACGGCGACACGAAAAGGCACGGCCCUCGUGUUAGCUUUUGUAUUCCGUGUCAUAUUUGACAGCGGGGGGCUUAAGCGAGUUAGUAUUUCCCCUUGUGUAUGCAGGCUCAUGUGUGUUACAUGGUUGACGAGGUUUCGGCUGCGUUGCGAGCGAUGAUUAAGUGCGGGAUGGCGCAGCAUCAAAGCCCAACGAUUAAUUAAUUUCACGCCGUCUGUCAGUCCCCUCUCCUCUCUGAAAAUAGACACUCAGGAUACAUCUAAUACAUUUCACCUUCCAACAGCUGGUGUGAGUUAUUAAUUAAAGAUUGAAAUAAUUUAUGCAUGGCCCCAAAAUAUUUCGUUUUUGUUGUUUUUAAGUUAUGCAAUUACACAAUAAAUGCUUCUCUGGAGGGACAAGCAGGCCAUAGAAAAGCACAACUAAAGUAAAAAUCGUGAUUUAGUUGCAUCUGCUUCGCCAUCUUCAGUAUUGCGGACUGAUGCCGGGAUCCCCUGGUUUCUCUUUGUGUUAGCAUCCAUCUGUUUUACAUUAACUGGAAUCAAUGGGACGCACCCUGCAGCUCUGACGAUAAGACAUCGGCGGCCGUGACGCCCUGCGCUUUGAACACUGUAACAAAGUUAUUCUACACCUCAUAUAAUAGAAUCUCUCCUCUUUACUUGAUAAACCAUCCGUCUGGUGCAAUACACAGCGGCGGCUCUUAUCUAACGUUGCCCGGCAGAAGAAGCUGGAGAUAAUUCAAACACUGAGCCUCUGUACUUGUGCCAGAUUAUCUCUGUGUAGCCCCCCCCCCCCCCCCCCCCCCCCCGCCCCCCAAUGCCUUCAACACACUCCGCUGCGAGUAUGAAAACUUACAAGGACGUUAACAGCCUCUUGGGCUCAUCAGCCGGAGAAACCGUGUUAUUUCAUAUUUCACUUGGAAUAUGAUAACAAACACAUUCAGACAAUGGCUGCGUUGCAUCUCUCAUCAAGCUGGCGGUUUCUCAAUGACUGCAUGAUAUUACACUGCUCAGCGUUCUGGGCUCUGGAUUCGUUCUAUUCUUCAACUUGCCUCCCAUUAUUUAUUGAAGAUCAAAUUUAAUAUAUUUAUGUAUUUAUUUCAAGGGUGGAUGUGCAAUUUAAUCAGGGCAGUGUUUUCCCAUAAAUCAGUAUUUUCCAGCUACUCACUGAAACGGCAUGUGCACAUUGGUUACACUGUACAAACGGAUUAUCACGUAGAUCAGUAACACACACGCACACACACGCACACACACACACACACAAGUCAUCUGAGCACUGCUGUUUAUCCGAGUUUUGCUCGAGUGGAGGUUAUCAGCGUUUAUUCUAAAUAAAUGAUGAAUCCACGUACAUAUUUUUUUUCACACUGAAACAAAUUAAGAGUCGUAUUUUCCAAAAUGGCAAAUUGCCAGUGUGUAAACAACUUGUUUUUGAUUUGGUGCGGAGCGUUGCCGUCGCGUAUCAUAUUUCUUUCACGUCGGACCAAAAGUCCUGCUCUCGUCUAAUCUGAGAGUGUUGUGACGCGGGCUUAACAACUGACAUGCGGCUGACAGAUCAACAUGUGGUCGCAUUGUUUCGAUCCGAUAUUGGGACGUUAACCUUCUGUGGCAUGUUCCACAGCAGCAGAACAAUUCAGUGCUUAACCUCGAACGUGCUGCUGUCACAAUGUGCUUUGAAGUAUCUCCAGCGGACGACGAUAUGAAGCAAUAUCUAACACUCGCAAAGAAUUAGUCGACUAGAACCAGCCUACCUGUACAUCAACGUCAAGCAGUACAUUAGAAUUCCAGCAUUUAAUGUCAGUUAAUGAGCAUUAACCCUCUGAGGGCUUUUCUAAGGCACAAUACACUUUACACACAGCGAGUCCUCUCUUUCCCCCUCAUCCCCCACUUGUCUUCAUCUAGCCUCAUGUGAUUCACAUUUUAUGCAUGUGACUGUUACGGUCGUUUCUUCGCCACAGCAGUUCUGUCUCAGAGAAAGAUGUUAGUUGAAAUCAAGAGAAAUAAACAGCUGAGAAAAAAACAAAGCUCACAUGGUCACGAGUUUUCUUUCCAGUGGAUUCUUUUUUACACAUUGUGUUGUUGUAUGACGUUUGUCUGUAACUGCUGAGAACUGACAUUUUAGCUGUGGAGCCCACGUUUCUUGCACAAAUGCACGUUGUACAUGGUUUUUGCUACCAUACAGUAUAAAAUGUGAACAAUAUUUCAUUCUACAAAUUUAAUAAAAAAAAUAACGCUCAUUAAUUACAAAUAAGAGAUGCAUUUGUAAAAAUUCCUCCUUGCAUUGACCAGUUGUUUAACUUUAACUGGAUGGGUUGCCUUAAUGCAUAACAACAAAUGUGAAUAUGUUGAGUGAUUUAUAAAUUAUUAUAGUUACAUCCAGCUAGUAACAAAAUAGUUACUGAUUGUAUGAGAUUGCGUCAUAACUACAUAAGGAAUAGUUUUAGACGUAGUGAUGAGUUUUAAAAAAAAAAGAAGCUAGCCAGCUAUUAAGCUAGCUAGUAAAAUGUUUUUACUUGUUAGCUUAAGGAGCCAUACGAUAUAUUAAACCUGUGCUAACCCUGCUAAAUGUUCGGCAUAAUUAGUAUUCAUUCCGGUUAAAACGAGAGAGGGGGAAAUUAUUAUGCAAUAUCGUGUGGUCUGUUGUGUAAUAUUUUGUAAAAUGUAAUUUAAAAUCUUUCCAGUUUACAGUGUACCGAACUUUCAUCAAGUAUUUUGCUGGGUCAUGUUGACCGCAAAGGGUCCUACAUUAGCAUGCUAAUGUAACGUAUUAGCAAGCUAAGGUUUACCUUAAUAGAUGGUAAUCUUACUAAUGUGUGGCUGUUCAUUUAGCUAGGUGAAAAAUGUAAGGCUAAUUUCCAUUUAAAAACUACAGUAUGUGGUAGAAACCAUCAUUUGGUGAGUUGUGUAAUGUUUUGUCUUUUUUUGGGUCAAAUGUAAUUUAAAAUCUUCCCAGUUUACAGUGUAUUAAACAGCAUUUCAUCAA